AUGGCAGAUGGCAACAGUGUGGAUGAUGGCAACACGGGGGGUGGUCCGGGGGAUACGAUGAACGGAGAAGAAGAGGAACUUGGGAAGAGCGCGCUCAAUGCGAAGCAACCGAAGAAUGGCACAGCCAUGGAUAAGCCGGACAAGGAGAACAAAACAUCAUUCGACAUUUUUUCCUACCUACAUAGGGUGUAUGCAAAGUACGGGCUGUACGAAGAGGAUAUGGAUAGAUUCCUUCUCUAUGUCAAAAGAAGGAGAGCCAAGUUAAAAGGAAGUAUUUUAUAUAAAAUGAAAAAAGUAGGAAAUAAAUACAUAACCAGAUUGUACGAAACGGAUAAUGUGGAUGGAAAGUACCUUGAGUUAUUGCUACUUGAUGUGGAGGCAUGUAGAUGUAGGUACAUAAAAAUAAAAACCGAUGUGAAUAAUUUAAAAGUACCAUAUAGGUCAACAUAUUCUUACUUGCGGAGAGUGAAGAGAGCUUUAGAGAAAGUGAAAUUUAUGUGUGACUCCGUUGAAUCCGCUGUGGAUAAGAACACCGAACUACAGAUAAAGUGUUACGGUGCAUACAUACAGGUAGCAUACCUCUUGGAAGUGAAAAAAUUUGAGGAGGGCAUAUCUAAGGUGGAGGAGUUCACCAAACUAGUGAAGUUGGUUAAAAAGGCUAUGUUGAAUGAAAUCGUGGAGGGGUCGCGCUCAUUCGGCGAAGGUAAAAAUGAUGAUGGAGAAGAAGGUGUGUACAAGGAAUCACAGGGAGCUGAAUCACGAGAACAACGUAGACACAGCCGUGUCAAUCAACAUAUCCAGAACGACCUGACGGAGAAUACCCUCAUGAAUAGCAAAGGGAACCUACUCAUAGAAGCGGAAAGAAAAAUCGAAGAGACGUUUGACUACUUCCUCUCCGUCAUUCACUCAUUCGAGCGCAUUUGUUUGUACAAUUUGAAAAAAAACAAAUUAAGUACCUUCGAUGAAAAGUUACAAGACGAAGAGUUACAGUUUCCAGGGGGGAAAAAAAAAUCAUCCAUCAGAGAAAUUACCGAAGUAAAUAAGGAUAUAUCAACGUAUAGAAAACUUGAAAUAUUAAUGACAGAAAAUAAAGUGCAAAUAAAUAUUGAGCAUAGUACUUAUGAACUGAAAGGAAAUGGAGAGUCUAAUCAGGGAGAAUACGCCAGUUUGCUUAAAAUAAAAAAUGUCUUGGAUAACGUGAAAAAUGUAAUCCCAAUGGAAGAAAUAAAAAAUUUGUAUGAGGAUAUGAAUUUAAGAGAAUUUUUCGUGUCAUGUGUGAAUAAGGAAGAUUUCCCACUUUUUAAAUUUUUAAAUUCAUACCAAGCCAAUUUUAUUGUGCAGAAUUAUAGCCAGGCAUUCGCAAAGUAUUACGAAUGCUUAACAAUAAUUCACGAGCAGUUGAUAAAAUCGACAGGGGGGGAUAAAAAGGCAUCUAUAAGUAGUAGCGAACAGGGUGGAAGGGGAAAGGUUUUCAAUGAAGAAAGCAAAAUGAUGGAGAAAAUUUGGAACCACAUGGAAGAGUACCUUUCUUGUGAAAAAUUAUAUACUGACACUGAACGCACUUUACUUGUGCUCAUGAAAUUUUUAUUUUCGAUAUACUCAGCUAGCCAUUUAAAGAAUUUUUCCCUUGGAAAUAAAAAAAAUUUUGGAGACAUCAUCGAAGAAAUGCCCAUGUUGCACACAGGAAUUCGAUAUGCUGAUAUUUUAAAACAAAACAUUGAUGAAUUGAGCAAAUUAAAAAAUAAUGAUGAUAUUUUUAUUAACAUUUUACAGAUAAUUAAAAAUGUGAAAUCAUUUUGUCUCGCUUGUCACUAUGCAAUGCUUGGGAAAAAUGCGGAGGCCCACGUUCUUUUCGAUUUAGUUAAAACAAGAAAUUAUGUGUACACAAAAUUUCAACAAAUUAAUAUGAUACACAAUGAAUCUUUACUGCGAAUUACCAUUCUCUUUAACCGACUACAGGAUAUCAUUUCGCUCGUGAAUGAGAUAUAUUACUUCCGUCAUUUGUCCAUCUACGCUCUGCAGGUGAAAACCAAAUGUGUGCCAUCCAAUCAAAAAUUAUUUUUUGUGGAUAGUUCCUUCUUUGAGCAAAAAAUGAUCCAAAUGAGCAUGGACCCCUUGCGCAUCGAUAUGAUGCAAUUGUGUCGUGAUUCCUUUUUGCUCAACCCGGAUACACACAAGGAGGAAGAAAAAUCCUCCGGGAUUAGGGGCCUUCUUCGCUCCUUCUGGAAAUAA